CACUUGCAAUUUGCAAAGAAAGAAAAGAAAAGGCAACGGAGCGCAUCGCGCCACGGCACCAACUCGCCACCCGGAAGUCGAGUCGUCACCGGCCCAUGAAUUCUGCUGUUCCUUCCGUCCCCGCACGUCCUCCGGUCCGGGCUUCCGGCUUGUGGGCACUACUGCCGUGCCGAGCGUGGCGUCCUGCAGAGCCGGAGCCGCUUGCUCACCCAACCGCACCAGCGGCCGGUUUCCCCCUUCCCGCGCCGCUCGCUGCCGCAAAAACCCCACGAAAUCGCAGAACCAGCAUGGCGGUGGCAAUCUCCACCUCCCCCUUCCCCGCCGCGCUCUCCGCCAAGCCCUCCGCGCGCUCGCCGCGGCGCUCGCCCGGCUUCCUCCCUCUCCACGCCCACCGCCCCCGCGCCCCGCGCCUCGGCCCCGUCGCCACAUGGAGCAGGUUUCGCACGGAGGCGAUGAAGACGCAGCGGGAGAAGGAGCAGACGGAGGUGGCCGUCGAGGAGUCCUUCCCCGUGAGGGAGACGGCGCCUCUGGAUGGAGCGGACGACCCCAUGGUUUCCACGGAUGAGAGCUGGGUGGUGAAGCUCGAGCAGUCCGUGAACAUUUUCCUCACGGAGUCAGUGAUCACGAUACUUGAUAGUUUUUACCGUGACCGCAACUAUGCCAGAUUUUUCGUGUUGGAGACGAUUGCUAGGGUGCCGUAUUUUGCAUUUAUAUCUGUGCUUCAUAUGUAUGAGACCUUUGGCUGGUGGAGAAGAUCUGAUUAUAUAAAGGUUCACUUUGCUGAAAGCUGGAACGAGUUCCAUCACCUCUUAAUCAUGGAAGAAUUAGGUGGCAACUCUUUAUGGGUUGAUCGUUUUCUUGCACGGUUUAUGGCAUUUUUUUACUACUUCAUUACUGUUGCGAUGUACAUGCUGAGCCCAAGAAUGGCAUAUCACUUUUCUGAAUGUGUGGAGAGGCAUGCAUACUCAACUUAUGACAAGUUUCUCAAGCUCCAUGAAGAGGAGUUGAAAAGACUGCCAGCUCCGAAGGCAGCUAUAAACUAUUACCAGAAUGAGGAUCUUUACUUAUUUGAUGAGUUUCAGACAGCAAGAGUCCCAUGUUCUAGGAGGCCUAAAAUCGAUAACUUAUAUGAUGUGUUUGUUAAUAUACGAGAUGAUGAGGCAGAACACUGCAAGACAAUGAAGGCCUGUCAAACACAUGGAACUCUUCGUUCUCCUCACUCCAUGCAGAACUGCUUAGAAACUGAUACGGAAUGUGUAAUACCUGAAAACGAUUGUGAAGGUAUCGUGGAUUGUGUCAAAAAGUCGGUUACAAGUAAAGACUGAGACCUGUAUCUUCGUGUUCAGGCAUCAUAGAUUUCAAAGUUUUGAUGAUAUUCUGUUUGUUUUUCUUUCCCCCCUUAAAGUUAGGAAAUAGUUGUCUUAGUUUUUCUUUUGGCCUGGAUCGUACAUUACAGAAGUCGGUGUAGAUGCAACACAACUUAAUAUCUUAUGUAUGAAAAGAUGCCAAUUCAGGCUGUAAAACAUUGCAGAUUCGCUUGCAGUGUUCUGAAUGUGAUUUAUUAAACGUUGCAAUCC